AUGCUGCUCAGCGGCGCAUACAGUGUACCGCUUGCUCGCGCAGCAUCAUCAGCCCUUCCGCUCUCAUUCCUCCUCCCAGCAUUCGCAGCAGCGCAAACGCAAACCCAGACAAGCUCCUUUUCCACCUCCAGCGCCGACUUUGCUCGUUCUCGCCCGAAAAAAGAUCGCAACCCAGCACGUGGUGUCUCAGCUCUUCAUCGUACUGGUCUGAAGAAGCAGAGAGUAUCCAUCAAGCCAGAAGACCUUCCCAAGCCGGUUCUGGAUCCUGCGCGAAGAACGCAAGUACAAACGGAUGAGGAUCAUGGCCUGUGGGAGUUCUUCCCACCAGACAGGAAAUCGAUGGCGACUCCUGAGGAGAUGAACGAGCACGGGAGAAGUUGGUAUGUUGAAGAGCUGAGAGUCAAGGACUGGGAUGACCUUCAUCGCUUGUGGUGGGCUUGUUUGAAGGAGAGAAACAGGCUUAUCACGUACGCAAAUGAACGCAAGAGGGUGGGCAAUAUGUAUGGAGGGUACGAGAGUACAGAGAGGGAUAAGACGAUCAAGCGAACGAUGAAGAACAUCAAAUACGUGCUGACGGAGCGAUGGUACUCCUGGGAGAAUGCGCGUGUGGCUGCCAUGCAAGAUCCAGAGAUCAACAUGUAUGCCGAUUUGGAUGCCGGCGAGCCUGCAUACCUGCCACGCGAGGACAGCCUUGAGGUGAGUGAGAUCUUCAUCGAUUUGGCGCAAUAUACUGACACAGAACAGCCCGAGUCUCACACGGCCUCUGAAGAAGCUGAAGCGCAAUCAGGAAUGCCACCUCCAGAGCCACCGAAGCCUGAAGUAAGGGCAUAA